UCUUCAGCGAAAGCUAAGAUGCGUGAAUAUAAUUUCCAAUUAAUUUAACCAAUCAUCUUGCGUAUUGUCCGAAAAGGUUUGGUGAGAAUUUGACUGCUCGUUUGCUCUGAAGAAAACAAAAAUAAUUUGACUUGUCGCUUUGAGCAGCAUAUAGCAACACGCUUGAUCACCAGCCAGUGCAAUCAAUCAGAAGCGGUUGCAGGAUGACCUCCCAAUCAGUGCGAGUUGUCAACGUAACUCACGUCCUCCCCGGCGGCGCAUCAGCGGCAGCGCCACCGCACGCCGGCGGCGGCGACGUCGACGUCAUCGAGCUCUCCUUCCUCGACACCAUGUUCUUCGCCCUCACGCCGCUCAAACGCCUCUUCUUCUACGAGGCAGCAGAGCCGUCGUUCCCGGCCAUGGUCAGCUCCCUCCAGUCCUCCCUCGCCGCCACCCUCGCCGUCUUCGCGCCCCUCGCCGGCAAGCUCGCCUACCGCCCCUCCCACGACGACGUCGUCAUCGACUGCUCCGUCGCCGCCGUCUCCCCCGGCGUCGUGUUCAUCGAGGCCGAGUACCACGACGACGACGACGCCGUCGUCGACAUGCGCCGCCUCGCCGGCGACGAGGAGCACCACACGGAGGCCUUCAAGCGGCUCGUGCCGGAGAUGGACGUGGGGCGGCUUCCCGCCCCUCUGCUGUCCGUGCAGGUCACGAGGCCAGCCGCCGCCGCCGCCGGCGGCAGCGGUGGCGUCGUUGCCGUGGGCGUGUCCAUCCACCACGUGGUCGGCGACGGCCAGGCCGUGUGGCAGUUUAUGAGGGCGUGGUCCACGGCGUCGCGGGAGGGAUCGCCGGCGGCGGCGGCGGCGGCCACAAUUCCGGUGGUGUUUGACCGGAAACCGGUGCUCCGCCAUCCCAACGAUGAAGAGAUCGCCCGCGUGUUCCUCCGCGUGUUCGCGCCGGCGCUGCCAUUAGUGGAUUGCUCAUUAUUUCCAGAGCCAGACGUGACGCGUCAAUGGAGGAAGACCUACCUGCUCCGGCCUCACCAAAUCCAAUCGCUGAAGCAGCGGAUGCUCGCCAAGACGAAGGAGCAGCUAAUGUUAAUGGCGGCGCCAACCACCCACGUUGCUGUCCUGUCUCUCUACUGGACGUCGCUCGUUCGCGCCAAGUUCACGAGCACCGGCGGGGGCGGCGCCGGCGACGGUGACGUCUACUUCAUGAUUCCCGGCGACUUGCGCCGCCGCCUGAGGCCGCCGGUCGGCGACGGCUACUUCGGCAACUGCGUGAAACCAUGCUACGCGAGCGCCGCCGUCGGGGACCUCCGCGGCGGCAACGGCCUGGUGCACGCCGCCGCCGCGUUCCAGAGCGCGAUCCGCGGGAGCCUGGAGUGCGACGACCCGCUCGCCGACGACGUCGAGCGGUGGAGCGAGCUCGAGAGGAAGGUGCCCAAGGAGAGGAUCGCGCAGGCCAGCGCGUCGCACCGGUUCAUGGCGUACGAGACGGACUUCGGGUGGGGCGCGCCGCGCCGCGUCGAGCUCGUGUCCGUGUACCGCAUGGACGUGGUAGCGCUCGUGGCGGCGCCGCCGGCCGCCGGCGGCGGUGUGCAGGUCUCCGUCGCGCUCGACCGUGCCCACAUGGAGGCGUUCGACAGCUACUUCCUGCAGAAUUCGGACACCAAAUCCGACUCGCCAUCAAUCUACGAGUCGGUGAACCAGUUGAAGGACGAUGGUACGGAGGAGAUGGACGUCGACGACUACAUCGGCGGCGGCAGCGGCGGUGGCGGCGAGGCGUUGAUCGGGAUGAAGACGGUGGAGGCGCCGGACGACGGCAGCAACUGCCCGAUUUGCUUGGACGGCGGCGGCGGCGGUGGGGAGAAGACGACGACGGAGGCGUGGGUGGAGACGCCGUGCGCGCACCGCUUCCACUCGCGGUGCCUCGAGUCUUGGGCUCGGGUGAAGCUAGGGACCUGCCCCAUGUGCCGGCGCGAGCUGACGGCGGCGGCGGCAGCGGCGACGACGACGGCCGGAGAGGAUGUGCAUGUGCUGGUGGCCGAUCCGAUGGUGGCGGAUCCGCUGCAGGCGAGGUGGAAUUUGUUUGUUCAACGAUGCGCGGUAAUUACGCCUACUUUCACCAUGAGCUCAAGAUCAGUGAGAGUUGUCAGCGUCACCCAUGUCCAGCCAGAGCAAACCGCCGGAGAGAUGCCGCCGGCGGCCGGCGAAAGCGGCGACGACGUCGUCAGGCUCUCCUUCUACGACGUCAUGUUCGUCUCCAUGAUGCCGAUCCAGCGUCUCUUCUUCUACGAGGGCGCCGCGCUCCCGCCGUUCCCGUCGCUCGUCGGCUCCCUCCGGUCAUCCCUCGCCGCCGCCCUCGCCGCCUUCCUCCCCCUCGCCGGCAAGCUGACGUUCCGCGCGGCGCUCGGCGACGUUGUGCUGGAUUACUCCGCCGCCGCCGUCCCCCCGGGCGUCAAGUUCGUCGAGGCCGAGUACGGUUCAUCCGACGAGAUCAGCGCCUUCGACGCCAUGCGUCGCCUCGCCGGCGACGUCGAGCACAACGUGGAGGCGUUCAUGGAGCUCGUGCCGGAGCUUGAGGUGGAGCAACUUCCGGCCCCGGUGCUCGCCGUGCAGGUGACCAGGCCGGCGUUCCGGAACGACGACGGCGACGACGCGGUAGGCGUCGUGGCGGUCGGGGUGUCCGUGCACCACGCGGUGGCUGACGGCCAGUCGCUGUGGCAGUUCAUGAAGGCGUGGUCGGCGGCGGCGAUGGUGGGCUCGCCGGCGGCGCCGGGCCUCCUGCCGCCGACGUUUGACCGGGCGUUGAUUCGCCAUCCCAGAAGUGAAGAGCUCGCCAGCAAGUUCCUUCAAUUGAGUUCUCCGACUCUACCUGAGGUGAAGCUAUCCCGUGUGGCGGCUGACGUCAUCAAGGGCCAGCGGACGAGGACCUUCCUUCUCCGCGCCGACCAAAUCAGAUCGCUGAAGCGUCGCAUCUCGCGACGCAUCGCCGCCGGCGAGCCACCGCGCGAGACGGCGUCUCCAGUAACAGCCUACGUCGCCAUCGCGUCGCUGGUCUGGACCUCGGUCGUCCGCGCCAAGCCGCACGACGCCGCCGACGAGGCCUACCUCAUGGUCACCGCCGACUGCCGCCGCCGCCUCCGCCCACCGAUCGACCCGGGGUACUUCGGCAAUUGCGUCGCGGCGUGCUACGCGCGCGCCAACGUGGGCGCCCUCCGCCGCGGCGGCGGCGACAACGGCGGCGACGACGAGGGGCUCGCGCGCGCCGCGGCGGCGAUCGGGGCGGCGAUCCGCGAGCAGCUGGAGGACCCGCUCGGCGGCGACAUCGAGGGGUGGCUCCAGUUCCACCUGAGCCUCCCGGCGGCGAGGCUGACGGCGGUGGGGUCGUCGCACCGGUUCAUGGCGUACGAGACGGACCUCGGGUGGGGCGCGCCGAGCCGCGUCGAGCUCGUGUCGCCGUUCGCGCGCGAGCUGGUGAUGCUGCUCGGCGCGGCGGGCGGCGGCGUGCAGGUGUCCGUGUCGCUCGACGAGGCGCACAUGGAUGCCUUCGAGACCAGCUGGUUUCAAACAGCAGCAGGGGACGUGACAGUCUGACAGAAAUGGAAGAAUCAACUUUAAUUUAGCCCCCGGUUUUGAAAUCUCCUAAAAUUUUCUAAGCAGAGAUUUUUACACCGUAUAGGGAAUGGAUUUGUCGUCCAAAUAAUUAUGGGAGAUUUCAAAAUGAAGGACUAAUGUGUGAUAUAUUACUUCACAAACAUACUUAUGCUAAUUGCAAUAAAAAAAGAUUAAAAAGCUA